AUGUAUAACAAAAUAAAUGUUAAAAAUGUACAGUUGGCUAUUAGAUCAAAGUCUGCAAACCAUUUACCAUUAAUGCAGUCAAUGGCAAAAGAUAUUAAAGCAGGGUUUGCAGGAGAGAUACUUGGCUCUGAGGCAAUGGAAAAAGAAAAAGAUGUCAAUCCAUUCAGUGGUCUUAAUGAAUCAUGUGAUCCAGGGAUGCCAAAAGAACUGAAGCGCUCGACGGCACACGGUCUGUCAUCUGGUCUAGCAGAAGAAUUGAAACCAUUGACGGGCCUUGUUUCACUUGAUCCAGGAAAGGAAAAGAUAACUCUGUCUAGUGGCCCUGUAAGGAAAUCUGCUGUAGGAAGAAAGUCGAAGAAAAGGAGUCAUGAAGAAGCUGCCACUGUUGAUCUUGGGAAGCUGAGAAAGGAGCUGUCGACUGCUACAGCACAACUACAGCCUGAGGGUAUGUCGCCAAAGUUUUAG